AUGAGUGUGCUCUCGAUCGUCCCUCGCGCUGUGCGCACGUCAAGCCAGAUGACGCGCCCUAUGUCGACGCUGAUGGCACAGACGCCGCGUCUGACCAAGGGCCCGACCAAGUACGGUGGUGUGUACACGGCGACAUUGAUCCCCGGUGACGGUGUCGGAAAGGAGAUCACGGACUCGGUCAAGGAGAUCUUUGACCGCCUGAACGUGCCCAUUGAGUGGGAGCAGUUUGAUCUGUCGGGCGAGAUGCAGGGCAGCGACUCGGAGUUCCAGCAGGCCAUGGACAGUCUGCGCCGCACCAAGGUCGGUCUGAAGGGCACGCUUGUGACGCCCUCGGGCGCUGGUUCCCACAACAGCUGGAACGUUGCGAUGCGUCAGGAGCUCGAUAUCUUUGCCUCGAUGGUGUUCUGCCGCUCGCUCGAGGGACUGAAGACGCGCCACUCGAACAUUGACUUUACGAUCAUCCGUGAAAACACCGAGGGUGAGUACAGUGGCCUGGAGCACAGCCCCGCGCCCGGCAUUGUCGAGUCGCUCAAGGUCAUGACGCGCCACAAGGCCGAGCGCAUCGCCCGCUUCGCGUUCGACUUCGCCCUCAAGAACGACCGCAAGCAGGUCACCUGUGUCCACAAGGCCAAUAUCAUGAAGCUCGGUGACGGUCUGUUCCUCAACACGUUCCGUCGCAUCGCCGAGGAGUACAAGAGCUCGGGCAUCAAGGCCAAUGACAUGAUCGUCGACAACACGUCGAUGCAGCUCGUCGGCCGCCCGAACCAGUUUGACGUGGUCGUGACGCCCAACCUGUAUGGUAACAUUGUGUCCAACAUCGGUGCCGCGCUGGUCGGUGGCCCAGGCAUCGUGCCAGGCGCCAACAUCGGCCGCGAGUACGCCCUCUACGAGCCUGGCUGCCGUCACGCCGCUAUGGACAUCAAGGGCUCGAAUAAGGCCAACCCGACGGCCAUGAUCCUCAGUGCCACGAUGAUGCUUCGUCACCUCGGUCUCGACUACCACGCCAACCAGAUUGCCGCUAGCGUCUACCGUGUGAUCGCAGCCGGCAAGGUCCGCACGCCCGACAUGGGCGGCAGCUCGACGACCCAGCAGUUUACGCAGGCCGUGCUCGACAACUUGUAG